AUGAUACCUCUACCUCCUUCUAUACAGAAUGUGAGGGCCCUGGCUCUGUCCCCUGACACUGUCUCUGUCAUCUGGGAUGAUCCCAUUGACUACAACUACACCAUCACAAACUACCAGGUGGAGUUCAGAGAAGAUCACAUUGCCAAUGCGCAGGUGAGGGACACCCGGAGCAAGAAAAUCGAACUGUCUAGUCUCAGACCCAAUCAAACCUACGCCAUAUCCGUCAGGGCCGGCAACUCGUAUGGUUUCGGGGAUGCCAGUCCAGAGAUCAAAGUUCAGACCCUGACAAAUGAAGGGCUUCAGCCGGCAAAUGUGUCGGCCGUUGCCUUGAAUUCGUCCAUCAUCCAGCUGGACUGGGAGUCACCUAAAAAUAUUGACAGGAUCUACAUCCUGGGCUACAACAUCUACUACAAGCGCGAGUCGGACACUCAAGAGGAGAUGCUUUUCAUCGAAGGAAACCGCAACAAACAGUUUCUCAUCGGUAUGUCGAUGGUCUUAGGGAGAGACGAGACAUACUACCUGCGUAUCGCUACACUGACCACCUGGGGUUACGAAGCUCCUUCAGAGUGGAUUCGGAUACAGAAGCAUCCUCAAGAGCUGCUGCCCCCUGUGCCGCCCAGGGAUGUGAAGGCCGUCACCAUGCUGGAGUCUGUCCGGGUCACGUGGCAGUCGUCCAGCGAGCCGGACACCCGCAAAUCGCCUUUGCUGGGCUAUCAUAUUGUGUACGGACCAGCCGACGAUCCAUCCGAGAUAAACCGGGUGGAUUUGGGUGCCAAUGCCGUUCAGUUUGCGAUACGAGGCUUGAAGCCGUCUACCAAGUAUAUCAUUUCAAUCCGAGCUUUCAACAAGUACUCGAUGAGCGACCCCGUGUACGUGAGAGCUGAAACUAAAGCUCUACCCCCCAGCACCGUCAUCAACGCCACGGCCGUAGCGCUGUCCCCUACGGAGAUCCACGUCCACUGGGAGACGCCCACCCGCGGUCACGUGACCAAGUAUCAGCUGCGCUAUUGGCGCCCCGGCAAGCGGGACAAGCAGUCGGCGUGGCUGAAGGCUCCCACCACGGACUACGUGGCCGGCAGCCUGAUGAAGUUCAGCAGCUACCGCUUCGAGAUCAUCCCCUACUCCGGUGACGUCAUCGGCGAGGGCAGUGUCAUCUUUGCCGACACUUUGUCCAGCAGGCCGGACACUCCGCCACGCAAAGUCCAGGCUCGUCCGCUCAACUCCACGCAUCUCGUGGUGACGUGGGAGGAGCCGUCUGAACACACGAAGAAUGGCGUGGUGACCGGCUACAAGAUCAUCAUGAAGAUGAAGAAGGGGCCUCGUCUGGCCAAGUUUGGGGUGGACGGCGGUCGUCGUAACUACACCUUCAAAAACCUGGAGCCAGGAGAGACAUAUAAAAUACGGAUUGCCGCCACGAACAUCAACGGAACGGGGCCCUUCACGGACUGGGUCGUGGCCAGAACCGAGGAAAUAACCAUGCGGCAGCCGCAGAAUCCGGAGAACCUGCACGUCAACGUCAGCGCCUACGCCAUCACCCUGUCGUGGUCUCCUCCCAACAACAUCGGGGUACCCGUGCUGGGCUACAUCGUCGGCCAUGGGCGCUACAUACCCGAGGUCUACCGCUCCAUUCUGGGUCCUAGUGUCCGGGAAUUCACUAUCACGGAUCUCAAGCCCGACACGGAAUAUAUCGUGAGCAUUCGAGCAUUCAACCACAUCGGAGAGAGUGUACCAGAGUACACACUGGUGCAGACAAGCAAAGCUCCUGAGAUGCUAGAGCUCGAGGUUCCGGUCAAGCUGAAGGUGAUCCCACUGUCCCCUAACAUCAUGGAGGUCAGCUGGCUUGACCCCGCACGACAAGGCGACACGCCCGUGUCUGAUGGCCGCCACUACUUCAUCCGCUACUCGGCCAUCAGCGGCGAGACGUACCACUACGUCAAUGUUACGUCCACCUCCAUCAAUGUCACAGAUCUUCAGGCUGCGACAGUGUAUGAGUUUGCUGUCAGGACCAUUAGAGGGGAGGAGCAAAGUAGAUGGAGCUUACCUGUUGUGAAUACGACCCAGCAAACAGCUCCCACCAGUUCUCCAGGCAAUCGUGACGGUCACAUCACCACCUGGUUUCCAGAACUCUUUGAUCCUGAACUGGACAGAACCAGAAUCACCCAAUGGAAAAAUAUUAGAAUACAUUGUGUAUUACACAUCUGACCCAACAUUAGACACAAAGCGCUGGUUUAUAAAGACCACAGAGAAAAUGAUGACUUACAUUGGGGACAUAGUGCCACACACCUCCUACUAUUUCAAGGUUCAGGCCCGCAAUGCUGCUGGUUAUGGCCCUUUGUCCA